AUGCAGACUGUGUAUGGCCAAAGGCGAAAGCUGACGUCUGAGUUCCCAUCUGGCAUGCCGUUGGGGGUACCAUUGAAGUCGCUAUGGAGUCCACAUGUCGUUGAGCAUGGCAAUAUGCCCAUCGAGCCAAGCUUCGGCGAGAUUGUGGAGGCUGUGGAGCACUUUCUGGAGUACAGCUUCGCUAGGGAGAUUGUUCCAGGACCAUAA